AUGACAGAGGACAGUCUCGAUGCUCUGAUCGCCGAGCUCGAGGAUGAAGAUGGGAAGAGCCUGACCCGGAACCUGACAACAGGUCUCACAGACUUUGAGGUCAUUGCCAUGCGAAGGAAGUAUGGCUGGAACCGUCUAAACGAGCAGAAAAGGAGCAAUAUCGUCAAGUUUUUGAAGCUUUUUGUCGGAUCUGUGCAGUUUGUCAUGGAGAUUGCGGCCCUCUUGGCCGCUGGCCUCCAAGACUGGAUUGAUUUUGGUGUCAUUUGUGCUCUUCUUUUCCUCAACGCCAUCGUCGGAUUCGCCCAGGAAUAUCACGCAGGUAAUAUUGUCGACAGUCUCAAAGAGAACCUUGCACUCAAGGCCACUGUCAUUCGCAAUGGGGAAAUGAUUGAGGUGCCUGCACAAGAUGUCGUGCCAGGAGAUGUGGUUCAUGUGGAUGGUGGCACGAUCGUACCAGCCGAUGGAACAAUCGUUUCCAAUGACACGCAUUUACAGGUCGACCAGUCCUCAAUAACCGGCGAGUCUCUGGCAGUGGACAAACACCAGGGCGACCGCUGCUUCUCUUCAUCUGCUAUCAAGCGUGGUAGCGGCCUUCUCAUUGUGACCCAUACUGGUGAUCGAACGUUUGUCGGAGCAGCAGCAGAACUAGUCAACAAGGCUGACAAUGGAACUGGCCACUUCACCAAAGUCCUCGACCAAAUUGGCAGGAUCCUUCUCACGCUGGUUGUUAUUACUCUCCUUGUCGUCUGGAUCGCUUCAUUCUAUCGAUCCGACUCUAUCGUGGAGAUUCUGGAAUACACACUAGCCAUCACAGUUGUCGGGGUGCCUGUUGGCUUACCCGCAGUCGUCACUACAACCAUGGCGGUGGGUGCUUCGUAUUUGGCCAAGAGUUCUGCCAUUGUCCAGAAGCUUUCGGCCAUCGAAUCCCUGGCUGGAGUAGAAGUCCUCUGUUCCGACAAGACCGGGACUCUUACUCGAAACAAGCUCGCAUUGGGUGAGCCUUACACAACUCCAGGGAUUGAUCGAGAGGCUCUUAUGCUUACAGCCUGCCUGGCUGCCACUCGCAAGAAGAAAGGAAUUGAUGCUAUCGACAGAGUCUUCAUCAAAGGGUUGCGAGGAUACCCGAAGGCCAAGAGUCAGAUCGAGUCCUUCAGAACCAUCGAGUUCUAUCCGUUUGAUCCGGUUUCAAAAAAGGUCACAGCUGUGGUGGAAUCCUCCCAAGGCGAACAGAUCAUAUGUGUGAAAGGGGCUCCUAUUCCAGUCUUGAACACUGUCAAAGACGACCAGCCUGUUCCUGUGGAAAUCGAGAAUGCCUAUGUGGCCAGAGUCACGGAAUUUGCCAGUCGUGGAUUCCGGGCUCUUGGAACUAUCGUCGAAGCUCAGCGCCUGGGGCUUCGCAUCAAGAUGCUGACUGGAGAUGCAGUGGGAAUUGCGCGCGAGACAGCCCGCCAACUUGGUCUUGGCACUAAUAUCUAUAACGCAGAAAAGCUUGGAGUCACCGGCGCAGGCGAUAUGCCCGGCUCGGAAGUCAACGACUUUGUUGAGGCAGCUGAUGGCUUCGCCGAAGUCUUUCCUCAGCACAAGUAUAGCGUCGUGGAAAUUCUCCAGAAGCGAGGCCUUCUGGUAGCUAUGACUGGAGACGGUGUCAAUGAUGCCCCAUCGCUCAAAAAGGCUGACACAGGCAUCGCAGUCGAGGGUGCCUCGGAUGCUGCUCGCUCGGCUGCCGACAUUGUCUUCCUUGCGCCCGGUCUAUCAGCAAUCAUCACCGCCAUCAAGGUCUCCCGCCAGAUCUUUCAUCGAAUGUAUGCAUAUGUCAUCUACCGAAUCGCCCUGUCGUUACAUCUGGAGAUCUUCUUCGGACUGUGGAUUGCUACCAUGAAUGAAGGCCUCGAUCUUCGCCUGGUUGUGCUUCUGGCCAUCUUUGCCGAUAUUGCAACCCUGGCAAUUGCCUACGACAAUGCGCCGUAUUCAGAGUCGCCGGUCAAGUGGAACUUACCCCGACUAUGGGGUAUCGCAGUUGUCAUGGGUAUGAUCUUGGCAGCCGGUUCCUGGAUUGCAUUCGGCACCAUGCUGUUGCGUGGCGAGGAAGGAGGCUUGGUGCAAAACUUCGGAGCUCGCGACUCGGUCCUCUUCCUGGAGAUUGCCCUCACGCAGAAUUGGCUAAUUUUUAUCACUCGAGGAGUCAAGACUCCCUUUUGGAAGCAUCUUCCAUCCUUGCAACUCUUCUUAGCCGUUCUGGUGGUGGACAUUGCAGCGACUUUGAUGGUCGUCUUCGGUGUGUUUGUCGACAAAAACACCUCUAUUGUGACAAUUAUCCGCGUGUGGGGCUUUUCUCUGGGCGUGGAAGUUAUCUGCUUUGUUGUAUACAACUUUUUGCAGAGCUCGGAAGCAUUUGACAAUAUCAUGCAUGGUCGGAGCCCACGCGGUAAAGGCAGGGAGCGAGCGUUUGAGGACUUUGCAAUCAAUAUGCAGCGACUGGCGAGCCAGCACGAGAAGACCACUUGA